UGCUCUCCGUCCACUGACAGCCUGGACAAAGAAAGGCUGCGCAUGCGCAGAACGGACUGCGCCCAUAGCGACCGGUAGCAUCAUGGACGACUUUCAGAGCGGAGAGGAGACUGCCUUUGUCGUAGAUGAAGUGAGCGCCAUCAUUAAGGAGUCAGUAGAGGGAGCCAUAGGAGGCAAUGCCUACCAGCACAGUAGGGUGAACCAGUGGACCACUAACGUGGUGGAGCAGUGUCUGAGUCAGCUCACCAAACUGGGAAAGCCCUUCAAAUACAUCGUUCUGCUUAUGGAUUUCUGGCUUGCAGUUACCUGUGUUAUAAUGCAGAAGAACGGGGCAGGUCUGCAGACUGCCAGCUCCUGUUUCUGGGACAACACCACUGAUGGAAGCUGCACAGUGAGGUGGGAGAAUAAGUCCAUGUAUUGCAUUGUCAGCGUCUUCGGCCUGGCAAUUUAAGCCUGGGAGUUACGUCUCCACCUGUCGAAUCAACUGUUUGCUUUGCAUAAUGAUCCAAAAGUGUUACAUUCACAUCAGCUUGCUAAAACUCUGUCAUUUCUUUAUUACAAUUUGAAUAAAUUAUUACACCUUUCCCA